AACCUGACGUUUGCACCAGCAAAUAAAAACCAUAAGAAAACCAAUUAGAAAGGCUCGUCCCUAGAAUUUGUUUUGUAUUUUUGACCCCGAAAUAUCCGAAAAAACUGCAGCUCGCCACGAUGGACGCCCACCGGGAAGCAAUCCAGAAGCAGAUCCACCAGGACUGGGCCAACCGGGAGUACAUCGAGGUCAUAACGGCGAGCAUCAAACGAAUCACCGACUUCCUCAACUCGUUCGACAUGAGCUGUCGGUCGCGGCUUGCUGUGCUGAACGAAAAGCUCACCACCCUGGAACGGCGGAUCGACUAUCUGGAGGCUUGCGUGACCAAGGGCGAAACGCUGCAAUAAUGAAUUGGGAAGGGAGGAGGGACCUUGGCGAGUAGCUCUAAUUGACGACACGGUCACACCGCGGUGGAUGGCCGGGUGUCUUCCAAAUGUUUGGAUUUCCAGGGGCGUGUAAGAUUCCGCAAACACACCUUUCUACUACUCUGUUAGCUUGUAGGACUAUGCGUAAGUUGUAAUUUAAACAAAUGUAAUUACAAUAAUUUCAGGAAUAAAAAGAAAGAUACAAUCACAGCUUUAGGCAAGGAAA